GCCGUCGCGCCGGGGACGUUUCAGUCGGCGUUCUAGCCGCGUUCGUAACCGGCCAAAUCUAUCUUCCGUCGGCCGGGAAUCAUUCGUAAUCAUUCGCAUUACGCUACGACGAGAAUUAAUACUCUGAAGCUGACUAAGGGUGCGUCGGACAAUUUGUGCUGGGUGACAGAAAGGUGACACGAAGGGGUCGUGAACUCUCGCUUCUCUGGAUCUUCGACCUGCUUGUAUUCUACUCACGGCUGCGUUUCAAGUGGAGAGGAAGAGAUUAUUGUAGCACACGUCCAGGUUUCUGGCCGACAAGUGAAACAACGGAAAAAUGCCUGUGGGAGGACGAGUCGCUGGCAAAGUUGGGAUUUACAGCUCCCAUUAUAAUGGGAAAGGCUACAGUGGUAUUAACGAGGAGAUCAUGUGGAUCAGCAUCGGGAUGGGGAUCACGAUCGCCGUACUGAUCACCAUUGCUCUGUGCUACAUCGCCCGUGAGAAAUGCCGGAAACGACACGAGGGCUACUACGCUUCCUGACGGACGCUGCCGCCGCCCUCGUGGGCCUCCUGGUCCUUCUCACCAUCGACACCUGGCGUCUUUUUCAGCCCGACCACGUCGAGAGGUAAACCGAGGGCGUACUAUAUCACCGUAUAACGCCGAGAUCUGGUGACUAAUACCUUGCUUUCGGCUCGAGCAAGCUGACGUUUCACCAUGAACGAGAAAUCGAACGACGACGACUCUCUUAUCCUUCGACAUUUUUCAUCUUUUCCCUCCCUAUUCGUCCCUUUCGUUUCUUUUUUUUACUUCUCCUGUAUCCUUCGACUAGUCUCAUCCCACUUAACAGACACAAGAAAAGAAUAUAACAAAUCGAUCAUCGUGCACCUGUGAAUCUUCAUGCUACUCGAUGGCUAGAAAGAAGUAUUUUCGAAAAUACGUAGACGAUAAGUCCACGUUGUUCUAUCAGUAAUUCACUUUCAAUUGUAACUAAGCAAUAUUUCAUACUUACGGAUAUGGUAUUCUCCGAGGAAAAAAAAAGAGAAAAUACAUCUCCAUGAUCGCUCAAAAUUCUACUGAACCGCGGAUUCAUCGAAUUUUCCAAGAAAAUCAGAAUCAGCUUAUCGUAGAUUUGAUAUCGAAAUUGAAAAGCAAGUAAGAAUAUAACGUUGUGCUCGUGUAGGAUUAAUUAAACAGCGUAAUUCGAAUUUCGAUAUUGCACUGCGUAUGAAAUCCAAGAUAUGCAAGUUAUCGUAUCUUUCUGCUGCGACUUUUCGUUCGGUCUGUCUGUGCGCUCGUUCAUCGCAGAAUAAACAUCAGAUUGCUUCUACCGAAUCCUCGAAUUUAUCGAGUCGAAACUCGACCAUGAUUUAUGGAGCGUGUGGAGUAAUCGCUCGAAAGAAGAAGAAAUCGCUGGGAAGCUCGGGUAAUUCCGUUCGAUCGACUGGAUAAUUAACCGAAUUCCUUCCGUUGAUGGCGUUGUUACAGGCAAAUUUUAAGCACAGAUUUCUAUGCUUUAUUGGAAAUUCAUGGCUUUUUUGGGUAAUUGAUUCGACGGGACGGAGGUCGAAAUUAAUUCGACUUUGUUUGCGAGAACAGGUUUUGAAACUGGAUCGUAAUGAGAUUGCUACGAAAUCGAUUGCUAUGUGAUUUCGGGAUAAUUGACAUGCACCGUUGUUCGUCAGUUACUAGGAUAUUUAUGAAACACGAGGAACAUUCGCAGCGUUAUUUCGUUAAAUACAGUGGGAAUUCGUACGAUAAAUUCGGCAUCUCGUAAUCAAACUUAUUCUGUAAAACGUUACUCUCCUCUUAAUUUUCUAAUUAAUCUACUUUAUUAUAUAGAAUUGAUAAAGUUUGUACAAUAUAUCUGAUACCUUAUAAUCGAAUUUACUGUAUAAAAAUCUGUCUCUUGUAUAUUAAUUUCUCAAGCCAGUCGCUUUUUCGUCAAACGUAACACACGUACGAUCGACGUACGCUCCUCUUCAUAGAGAUUAGGGUACUUAUGGAAAAUGAGGAAUAUCUAAGGAGUUAUCAAGGAAUUAUUUCAACUUUUAAGGACUACUGUCUCAUUUAGAGACUGGGACUAAAAAAAAAGAAAAAAACGAAAAAAAAAAACACGUAUAUUUAAUUAUAUAUCUGCCACUAUCUCAAGUUUAAAUUAGAUCGAUGACUUGACAUACGCUUCUGUUCGUAAGUGUUAGGGUAUUUAUAGAAAAUAGAGAAUCCCUGAAACGUACUUUCGAUAUUGUUUAAACCUUUAAGAAAUAUUGCCGAUUAAAUUCGUGGCUCAACGAUAUCUUUGCUAUUCCCUUGCUGAAUAUCUGUAAAAUAUCUUAAAAGUAGGUUAAAUAAUUUCAUUGCAAGUUGUUGUACAAUUUCAAGGGAAAUUUCUCAAAAUUGCUGUCCAAAUCCGACAUUUUCCAAUAGAUUCUAUCUAACGAACGUUAUUUCUCUUUCUUGCGCUAUCCUUUUAAUUCCACGUAUGACUCGAUUGAUCGUGCAUUCGAGCUGAUUGCAUUCCAAGCAAUAAAACAUUCCCAUGCCAUUGAAGUGGUAAAGUCAAUCGGAUAAGCGGGAAAGUUAAUCAAAGUGCCGAUCUAAUAGGAAAAUGUGUUAAAUCGCGCUUAGAACGAUGCGAUUGAAACGCGCGAUUUGCAUUAAAAUUGCUGGACAAAUGAAACGGCAUUUCGCUCGAUAGAACGUGUCAUUCAUUCGCCAUCUACGCACACAGAUAAAAGACGAUUUCCAGAAAAAUAAGCGCACUGAAUCGUGAAGCUGAAGUAAUCGAGUUUCGUGAUUCUACAGGACGAACAUCAGACAUCUAACAUAUUUCAGUGAACAUAAUCCUAAAAGAAGAAAAUUUAGAAAAAAUCCCAUCAAUUUCGUGUCGUAUUUCCGAGGAAUAAUAUAAGUAUCAUUCAGCUAAAAAUGCUAGAAGCUGAUUUUAGGUGUUUCGUGAUUUUUGCCACGGUCCUCUCGCGUGAUUCAAGUAAAUUGUAAUAUCCGAAAUUUGCUCGUAUUAUGCAAAAUUACAAGUCAGUCGAUUAUCCUGUCUAGCUCGAUAUUAAUAUCGUAAAAUUGAGAAGAAGCAUUUGUAACUGGGAAUAAUCCAAGUAGGAGAAUAGAAGGAAUUGAAGAAUAAUGAAAUUCAAUGGAGUAAAUUGUAACGAAACUUCCAUUCUCGUUUUGCAAUAUCCAUUACGUUUGAAUAGAUAAUUGCAAUAACUUUUCAGGAAUAUUAUUCUUUUUAUAUUUACAAGAUAAAUAAAAACGUCACGAACUAUGCAAAAAUAAAACAAUUUCAAAAGAUACGAACACCUAUUUGACUAGGAAAUACAUUUGACGUCUAUAUACAGUGUAUUUAGGUAUAGAUUCUUGUUUUUUAAACAAAAGAGCUUCUCAAUUAUUACGUAAGAGGACCCAGCAUCUUCUUAAUUUAAUAUCGAACGUCGUCGAAGCGAUUCUGAAAUAGUCGCAACAAAUUUUUUAAAUGUUCUCAUCUUCUCAAAUCAUUUCUGGACGUCGUUUCGUCUUCGAGAAAACACGUCGAUUCUAUUCAAACCGCAGAAAGGCUGAAGUCUCUCCAUUUCCACGUUCCAUCCAUUCUCGUGCUUUCGCGAAACGACUCAAUUUUUCAAAAAAAAAAAAGUCUCGCCCGUCGCCAUUCGCUCGGAUGGAUAGCAACAACUUCCGGUUCAAGGUUAAAAUGUCUCACGGAACUAACCAAUUUAUAAUAAAUUCGCAAAUUUUCAUCCACCGUCGUCCGUACACGCGUCAAUUGUUAGACAAACCCCUUUUUUGGCAAGGAACGCGACAGUCGAAUUUACGACUGAGAAAGCUCUGCCAAACGGCGACAGUCGCUGCAGCAACGUUGGUUUCCGGGGCUUUUAUUCCGCUACCUUUCAGCUCUGUUGGCCCUGGAAAUUUCAGACCUGGAAAAUGCUCAUUUGCGAACGCGCGAAUGUCGAUUCGUGGUCAAAGGGAGGAUUUGGACCAUCGAUUUGGCUGAUAUUUCACGCGUAACUGGUACAACGUGCGCGGUGUAUUUGAUUUAAAUAUCACGUACAGUUGAUCGACGAAAAUAUUCCCACGCUUUUAUCUUGUUCGAUGUUCGAUGACCAAGUACUGCUAGUUUCCUAGCUCUUUGAUUAUGAAAAAUUGGAAAGAGUUCUUCGCGUGAAAGUUAUUCGACUUUGUGGAAGAAGCUUAAUGGUGUAAGAAAUUCACUUUAUCAACUGUAGUUUACCAGAGUUUUAACAUCAGGCAAAACGAUAAGAAGCAUUUAAGAAGAUGGAAUAGACUUCGCUCUCAAUUUCAGUCGCUUGGACGUAUAAAUAGCGGUUGCGUUUUUUCUCUUCUUUUACUUUACUAUUCUUUCGCGCGAUAUACAAUGUGUUUUGUAAUUAACGGUACUGUCGCACAAGCAUAAAUCAUCAUGGUGAUAAAUAAAAGUGUCGAUAAUGUAGAAUGCAACUUCUUCGUUCGGGAUUUCGUUUUCGUAAGCAUCGACUUUACGUAGAUCUUCCUUCGCGUUCUUUAAAUUUAAGGAAACAAUAGAUCGACUUGAAUCUAAAUUGAAAUAUUUUCGGACGAUUGACUUGGAAAUUGAUUUUGCACGGAAAUGCAGAUAAAAAGAAAGUUCUAUCUAUUAACUCGAGAUAACUGAGUGAAACUAUUAGAUUAUUAGAAUAUCAGAUUGGAAUUCUAAUUGCGACAGCAAACUUCCUACAACAUUUCCUACGCUCGGAACAUGCAUUAUGCAUACCACGUACCAUCUGUCUGCAGAAUUUCAGCUAAAUCGUUGAAUGCAUCGUGAAAUUCCUUCGUGAGAUUUUUUAAAGCUUCGAGAAACACGACGAACCGAUCAUAACUUCCUUUAAAUUAAAAUCUUUACCUGCUGAUUCGCGAUUCCUCUUUUUCACGCGUAUGAAACAACGAUGAUCGAUCCGAGAUUAAAGCAAAAGUUCGAAAUAAAUUGGGAUGUAUAAUUUUAUCGGGCUGCUCGGGAAAUUCGUAGCGAAUUUUAAAGAGAACUCGAAGAUCGUAUCUACAUUAGCACGAAAUUAGCAUUUUAUCGCACGGUAAAUCCACCUUUCGCAACGUUUACGUAUUAUUUCGCUGCUCGGUCCUUGAUAGACUAAUGCGUUUAAUUGGUCCAACUAGAAGUAACAUUUACCAAAGUAGAAGCUCUCCGUUGCGAACUGUGUAACUUCGAAAGAACUAUCUUAACGUUACGCGGAUAUUGCAGAAGAUUAUUUCUUUGAAAUAUUUCUUUCGAAGGGACGUCGUUUUCACCGGAAAGUCUUAAUUUUGAUAAAUGUGUAACACUCUUGCGAUUUUAUUAGAUAUGUAGAUUACGAAAUGUAAUACACCUACUGCCAUAAACGUUACGAAUUUAUCGAGCAACCCAGUAGACCGCGAAUUUUUACGCGUUUAGGAAAAAUCCUUUAAAUCAAAGAACACACGCAGUGCAGAAAACGUGUAAAAAUGUAGAAAAACGUCUCAAGUAUUCAUCAUAGAUAGCGUUCAACAGAUGAAAUAUAUUUUUACACACAUUUCAUUCCUUUAAUCGUAUCCGUGAAAAUAUUAAUUUGCCUAAGUGUCAUGAAUACUUCUCUACGGUUGUUAGACGAUGAUAAUUAAUAAUAAAAAAAAAAAAAAACAUGGCGCUGAAGCUGAUUUCAAAAUCGCUGAUUUUAUACGAAGUAAUAAUAAAUUACGAACGUUCGAUUAAUCCUGCGUGAAAUCGAGUAUCUUCCGAUGUAAAAGGAUUAAAACGACGAUCGAUCAUCGGUGUUCGGAUUUCAAAAGCACAGACAAAUCGAUACUUUCUGCACCGACGUCUAAAUGUUUAUCGAUAGUUAGAAAAAAAAAACGAAAAAAAAUAAAAAUGAAGAAGAUAGAAGACCGAAGGUAUUUUUCAACGAAGUUCGAUCGACGAAAAGAUUGAAACGAGAAUUUUGGGAACACAUAGAAACGACAUCAACGAACGAUAAUUUCGAUUCUAAGGUAGCAUCCGCGUCGGUAUAUGUCGGUAUCUGUAUUUACCACUCGUUCAAAACGCUUAUAUUUCUGUGGAGGAAACCUUCAGAAAUUUAAUUAUGUUCGCCUUUAGCUUCGAGAUAAUUACCUUCGUGAUAAUUACCGAAUUUUCCGCUAAGAAAGGUAACGAAGAAAACUGGACGCACAAUCUACUGUCAUCCGUUCCUCCGAAACAACGUUCUUGCAACUUCUCGUACUUGCGAACUUGAAAAUUAACGUGUUAGGAUAGAAAUUAACGAAUAAGCUAGUGCAAGCGUUUGCAUUAGCGUACAAUAGUGUCUUCGUGAAUAUCGUUCGUUGCGAUGUACAGGAUAUAUAGCAUAGACUUUUCUACGAGUUCGACUAUUCCAAGAACACGAGACACGAAAAUAACAUCGAAAGUAAAACUUUCGAGAAAAUCAUUUUCUUAUUAUGGACGUAAUUUAUCGAGAAAAUUUUAUACCACGCGAAUCAUAGGAUCAUAGCGCUGUAUAUGAUUCUACGAUAUCCUUUUGUCGAAAUUUCCAGCGUUAAAUAAAUUAUUCGAUAGUAAUUGAUGAAUCAGACCUUGAAAUACUAAAAUUGCUGUAGUAUUGGUAGAACUACUGUAGCUGCGCUCGCGCGGAAAGCUAUGUCGUAUCCUGUACACAUAGAACGAUUUCGAUUAGGUGAUGAAUUGUUAUUAGCUGCUAUAACAGUAAUUGUGGAUGUUCUGUAAACAUCGUCGAUUUCGAAUCUCUUGGGUGUAAAAUCGAGGAACGGAUGAAAUUCGGUUAGUAGACACGAGCAUUAAAGAAUUAAUGGAAAGUAAUAAUCAUUUUGGAAAGUGCACGAGCAUGCCUGCACAAUUUGAAAACUGAAAAAGUUCCUGCCGUUACUCGGUAAUUCUAUCCAAUAAUAUCGUAAAAGAUUAACGAUAGCGAUAUUAAUAUUCAUAAUAAAUGCCAAUUGCUUGAUCUUCUUCGUGCUCUAAAAAUUGUUGGCAUUCCAAUCCCUCUUAACUCGAAAUUUCGCUCUAAAUCAUUCUAAACACACGAAGACGUUACACGUUCGAGAAGAUCUAUUUAUCUGGAUAUAAGAAUGAAUCUAACGAAAAAAAAAAAAGAAAUACGUACGUCCAACGAAAUUCGAAAGAAUAAAACCCGCUUGUAAGAUACGUCGCUGAUUUCAACUAAAGUUAUCGAAAUAUACGAGCAACACUAAGAGUAUCUGCAUACGUAUACGAAUAACUAUGUCGCGAGUUAAGAAGAUAGCCACAGAUACGGAGGAAAGCUGCAAAAUAAAAAGGAUACAAAAAUGUGUAACUUCCUACUUUAUCGACUUAAAUGAAUAUAGUUACACGUUUGUUUCUAUAACUUCGUAGUCGAAGAUGUACGAGUAUAUGGAAGAUUUCCACAUCGCAGAAAGUACAGAAUUUUACGCAGAACUUUACAAGAGCAAGAAUUAAGAUACAUACGAGCAACUUUUAAAUCGCGCGAAGUUACAGAUAAGCGGGGCGCUACUAAAUUGAAUAGAAUGCAGAUACGUCAGAGAUUUUCGCGUUAAACAAAAUACAAACGCACGAGUAUACUUCCAUAUAAAAAGAAACAUAGAUGGUAAACUCGUAUUAAAAAAAGUUACGAUUUAAAAGACCGUAGGUGGACGGUUGGAACAGAAUCGUGCAGGCGUGCUGUUGCGCCUGUAAAACGUGCAAAUAAACAGGCGAAAGCACAUAACGCGGAUGUAAAGUAAAAAGUAUAGCACCCGUUGGUGCGGCACGAUAUUGCAUUACUAACGAGAUAUUAGGUGAUACACGGGUGUAUGCGUAUAUAUAAUACGUAGCUUGAAAGUCUACUAAAUCGUCGUGUUUUACCGCGAACAUCUGCGAGGGCAUUCAUUAAUUUCCCCAAGAACGGUUUAAUUCGAUCUCAUUACGAAGCACCGGCUGCAGAUUGCGCCUGGAAAUAGCGGUUCUUAUAAUAGAAAAUGGCGAGGAAUUGCAAUUCGGACAAUGUGAUAUUUUAGAAUGCAAUUGCUACUGUUUUCGCAAAUCCUUCUCUAUUUGUCAUAGAAGCGUAACAAUUAUUUCUUGUUAACUGUGUUAAUAACGUUUUCUUCUCCUUUCUUUUCUGAUACAACGCUGCCGCUAAUUUUAAUGAAACAAUUUUUAUCGAGCUACGAAUCGAACUCUAAACUUUUCGGUUUAUUUCGAAUUUGAUCUAACAAUAUCGCGCAAUUGCUUUUUAGAAUAACACGUUGCUAUUGGUUUAACGAUAUUUGGUUUAUCAUAAAUGAUAUUCAUUAGAUGUUUGUGCAUAUUGAUGCUUUGUCUCUUUCCCUUCCUGGUAAUUAUUUAUGCGGAAAGUGGAUAGUAACAAUGAUGCGUCAAGAGAAAUUAAUGAAGGCCUGCUUGUGAAAUAUUUCUUUAGGAAUACUUCAAUUAAUGUGUUCUGAAAUAGAAGUGUCUGGCCUAAACUACCGCCAAGUUACGAUGAAACAUCGAUCGUAACGAACUGACACUUCUUGCCUCCGAAGGUCAUUUUAUUUUUCAUUCUAAGCGAUCAUUUACAAAGUAUUGGGCGAAACUCCUAUGAUACAGAUUUUCGAUAAUAUUGAACAUCAAUUUUAAUAUUUCUAAGAUAAUGAAACAGACUUUUCUAUCCUCUGAUAUCGUUCUCGGUGAUAGAACGCAUUUCGAACGUUCGUAAGAAUGUUUGCAGAAUUACACGAUUCGUUAACAACUAUUUGACGUAUCAGGAUGUCUGCAAAAUUAUACAGACCAUCGAAUUAACUUGCACGAAAGCGUAGAACGCGCGAUACUAAUUUUGUAUAGCAUAGUCUCACGAGAAAUAAAGGAAGAAAAAUAAAUCUAUAAAAACCUUUUAAAACGAAAAUCACCGUGAAAGUAACAACAUUCAAAUUUUGCACAAAAAGAAAAUUUGUUGGAACAUUAGCGUUCUAAAUUCUUUCGAGGCGUUCAAUACUUUGGGAAUAAUUAGCCUAGAACUAUAUACCUGCCUACAAGAUCUCUUCAAAGCGAGUUCUAAACGCGUUUACAAAAAGAAGAAAAAAAUGAGAGAAGAUUAACACUGAUCACUUCAUAAAAGAGACUUUUUAACUCCUACCGUCACAUCCGUUAAGUGUACAAAGGGUCUCAAUGUAACAAUUAACACGUACAACGUAAGGAUUCUGACCAAAAAACUUUAGAAUAUACUUCAGAGAACUGAGAUUAUUAUACCAGGGUCUCGAUCUGAUUGUGUAUGGCCUGUAGAAAACGACCGUAGAAUAACGAGUACUUAUUAUUAGAUAAUAUUAUACAUUGUUGAAACGUGGAUAAAAUCUAUUGCAUAAAUAAUAGUAAGUGACGAGUGUGGAUGACAUGGAAACAACGUACAAGCCUCCUGGUUGUUUCAAUAAUUUCACUCCUUCCACCUGACAAACGCAAUCAUCGUGAACAUCGUUAUUGUUAUUGACGUACAACUGUUUAUAGUUUUGACAAGUUCUCUACCAAACUUCUCUAUUAUUUUAAAUUGCGACAUUCCUAAAUUUUUACUUUCUUUGUUAUAUAUUUAUAACAUAUCUAGUUAUAAUAAUUGCGUUCUUUUAAAUUAUUUAUUUUCGUUCUUUUUAAUUUUCAAUUAUUUUCGAGAAAUAAAUGGUUUCACGAAAAGAUACAAAGCGUCAUAUGUACUUUUUAUUUUAUAUUGAUGAUAGACGAUUCGAACAGUUUUUCAUGCUGUAUUCAUUCAGAUAUCGCGGAAAUCUAACUUUUGUGAAUAAUAUUGUAAAUACUGUACGAUAUGGCUUUAAAUAAAAAAUCUCAUAUAAAGAAAUCGUAUGAGUAACAUGAUAGAGAACGUGUUAAACAACAAAGACACAAUUUUCUUCUUAUUGCGAAUGCUACUGGGUACUAGGUUCUAUAAUUAAACACUGUAAUAUAUAUUAUGUAUUAGAUAAUUUAACUUUCAACCAUUACUAUUUUAACACAAAAGGAAUAGAACAAAUCAAACAAAAAAUUGUCAAAUGAAAAUUAUACGCAUCGCUCAAAAUUUCUCCCUAGAUAAGGCGUACUUGUGAUAAGAAAGCGUAAAAAUUAUACUCCUCUCUCUCUCUAUCUCUCUCUCUCUUUCUCUAAUAGAAUAGUUAAAUACUUUAAGACUUAUUAGAUAUAUGUAAAUAUUUUUUGCGUUCGUGAUAUUGCGAAAAUAAUACAUAUGUAAGCGUAUAUUUUAACAAUAACGAAUAAAAUAUUUCAAUUGUUUUAAGUUUGAAAAAAGAAAUCAACUGGAGGCUUGUAUACAAUAUGGCGGAAUUUUGAUGUUCCUCGCGCGUGCAUUUAUGCACCGCGAAAUUUAGAUGUUUUUUAUGGUGGAUCGCGACAUCUCGUCGUAAACGCGACAGAUUUUAGAGAUUUUAUGAAUGUUACACGACUUGCUCGUGAUAAGGGCUGCUUAGUGGGUAACUUGUAUUUCUAUUGAAAGUAGAUGCUGUUUUAUGUAAGAAAACAGAGAACGAGAGAGAUUUCUCAGUAACAAGGCGCGAUUCGAUAUACUAAAAUGUCUAUUGCAAUGACCAACUUGAUAGAUUGCUCUAUAUAUUACGAUAUAUUAUUUCUUCUGCAUUUGUAACAAAUAAACAAUUAAAGAGAUGUCUUGGAACGAGUGUUUUCUUUUCUGACCAAUUUUCUGACCAAUAUAACAGAAGGAAAUAAAAAAUGAUAUUAGUUAUUAGAAAAUUUAUUUUAAGAAAGAUUCAUUAAUAAACUUAUCAAAUAAAAUCUUCUUGAAUAUAACAGUGUCAUCGUGUUCCUCUUGCAUUGUCUUCCCUGCAUUUGUUGAAACACACAUAAUGUUCAUAACGCGUAUAAACGCAGUUUUUAGCUAGAACAAUAAGUUUUUCUGUUCGGAAACACUUUCUAUGAAAUAUAAAAAAAACGCGGUUAGCAAGAAGCUUUUAAAUUCAACUACACUGAUCCACAUAUAAUGAAUCGAUGAUGAUAGGAAACUGUAAGAAUAGGAUCAUGUUGGAUUAUGAAUGCGCCAUCCGCUGGCCAAUUAAAAAAAUGGCGCCAUACAUUUAAACAUGUUAAAUGUUCGCUUCUAUUACUUGCUAAUAAUUAUUAAACGACCCAGAAACAAUAUCUUUAAUUAAUGUAAGAAAAAUGAAUAUAAACUUCUUAAUUUAAAGAGAAUGAUCAUGGUUUCAUAUUCAUAGAUGUUAUUCUUUAGAAUGCAACAUUAAGUAAAUAAAAAAGAUAUAUUUGCUUCUAAUAACUUUAAAACAAGUAUUUUGGCGUAGGAAAUGAAUGGACCUAAAAGAAGCAAUAUACAGUGAGAAUUCCCAUACUUUUAUUCUAUCAAUCUUUCCAACAUUUGUACGAGCUGGAUUAUUGUCAGUGCUAUGAAAUAUAAAAAAUGAAAACGCUGUGAAAUAUAUAAAUAUACAUAUCGCUUGUAUAUACGAUUGAUCACAAAUUAGAGAGAAAAACACAAGAAUCACAAUAAUACUAUGUAAGUGUACUAUAGAUCUGUACAUUUAUUUUUGCAUUCUAUAAUUUCAAGAUGAUAAUUAUAAUAAGUAAUGGUAAUCAUAGGUAUUGAUGAUAUGAUUAUAUCCAAACGACAAUUGAUAAUUUCCUAUCUAAUAUUGUACAACUUUUAAUAAUUUAUGGAAAUCAGCACAGUUUCGUAACAAUUCAUAACGUAUAUGUUCAACUAUAUUGCAGGAACUCUUAAUGCAACUGGAAAAGGAGAAUGAGCCACCAAAUUUUAAAUAAUCCAUCACAUUUAUCAAAUGCCUUACUUUCUCUCUCUCCUUAUACAGUCGCGACACACAAGCCGCGAAAUAGAAAUAAAAUAUUAAACAAUUUCAUAUUUACUUGCGCAUCGAAUAUUAAUGCUUAGACACUAAAUAUAUAGAAUGCGCAAUCAACACAAUAUUUUAUAGUAUAAUACAAAAUCGCUAUUCAAUGCGCCAUUCUUUUAUUAAAAUUUCAAUGAAAAA